AUGCUUUCUAUUAGAUCCUUCGCCCGUGCGGCACCCCGAACAAUCUCUCGAUUGACAGCCUCCGCCAUCAGACGACCAGCUCCCAGAGUCUCCUUAUUACAAGCAGCAUGGAAGCCAGCACCAAUACAAAGCGUUGCCGCCUUCACAUCAUCAGCUCUGAGGAGAUCAAAGGGUGGAGAGGGUGAUGAUGAGUUAGCUGCAAAGCUUGAGGCCGAGCUUGAGAUGGAGAAUGAGAUGAAGGAUCAAGAGGGCGUCCCAGCGAGCGUCAAAGACUACCUCGAGAACUGUCCAUUCGAGAUCAUUGAUGUUCCUGGUGUAGAGGAUGUCGUGCUUACAAGACAAUUUGGGGAUGAGAAGAUUCAAAUCACCUUCUCCAUCGCUGACAUCAACAACCUCGAGGGAGAAGAACCAUACGAAGAUAACGCCAUGGCCGAUGAGGAGGACAACAUCAACCAAGGGAACCCCAAUUCUUUCAAACAAGCUCCCGAGGACUCAAUCGAGGAAGAACAGGGCGAGGCUACAGGCGACCAACAAGAGCGCUCAUACCCAGCACGAUUGAACAUCGUCAUCGAGAAAGCCGGCAAGGGUGCCCUGAACGUCGAGAGCGUUGUUCAGGACGGCGUCCACAUGAUCGAUAACGUCUACUACUACGCUGAUGCAGGAUUGGCAUACGCCAAGACCCCUGAGAGCAUCCAGGGCCGUCAAAACGUAUACUCCGGCCCACCAUUCGCCAAUCUCGAUGAGAACCUGCAGAUUAUGAUGGAGAGAUACUUGGACGAGCGGGGAAUCAAUGCUGCACUUGCUAUCUUUGUGCCAGAUUACAUCGAUAUGAAGGAGCAGAAGGAGUACUUGAGAUGGCUGUCGAACGUCAAGGACUUUGUUGAGGCAUAG